GAUUUUCAGGAUCACACCCAGUGCUGACAUCUUUUGUAGUUGUCCUGUUGCAGAGAAAGUUAGCAAGUCAGCUGAGAAGGCUAUUCGAGACAUGGUAAAAGGAUGGUUGGUGAUGUGACAAGUGCUGUGCGAAAGGUAAAGGCACAGGAUUUGCAAAGUGCUGUGGCAUUCCUUGUGGAGAGGCCAGCUGCUUUAAAGGAAUUAUACAACUCAGAAAUCCCAAGAUCAGGACAGAAGGGGAAGAUGAAGAUCUUGUUCUUCCUGCUCAUACUAACAAUGAUGCCACUUCCUACAUCUUCCGCCCGCAAGGCAAGGCGGCAGGCUGAUUUCUGGGGGGGCUGGGGAGAAUGGAGUGAGUGCAGUCGGAGCUGUGGUGGGGGCAUCAGUUUUCGACAGCGGCGCUGCUACUCACAAAGGGCAGAUGGUGGGUCUAACUGUAUUGGACCAACUCGGAACUAUCGCUUGUGCAGUAUUCAGAGCUGCUCUGGGGGCUCCAGGGACUUCCGAGCAGAGCAAUGUGCCGAGUUUGAUGGGACAGAAUUCCAAGGAAAGAGAUACAAGUGGCUACCUUAUUAUGGAGCUCCCAAUAAAUGUGAGUUAAACUGUAUUCCCAAGGGGGAGAACUUCUACUAUAGGCAUAAGGCAGCAGUGGCUGAUGGGACGCCCUGUGAGCCAGGCAAACGGGACGUCUGUGUCGAGGGAGUUUGCCAAGCUGUCGGCUGUGACAACAUGCUCAGUUCUGCAAAGAAGGAAGACAAGUGCCUGCAGUGUGGAGGGGAUGGCAGGGCCUGCUACGAAGUGAAGGGCAUUUUUGAUGUGCUCAACCUUCCCAAAGGUUACAAUCAAAUCUUCAUCAUUCCCAUGGGAGCCACAAGCCUCCGCAUUAAGGAAGUUAUGCCCAGCAGGAACUUCCUGGCCGUUAAGAAUGUGCAGGGGGAGUACUAUCUGAAUGGGCACUGGACGAUUGAUUUCAGCCGAGACCUGCACAUCGCUAGCACAGUUGUGCACUACGAUCGAGGUUCUGAAGGGGACUUGGCCCCUGAGCAGCUUCACUCCAGGGGUCCCACCACCGAGCCCUUAGUCAUUGAGCUCAUCAGCCAGGAGCCAAACCAGGGGGUGCAGUAUGAAUACUACCUGCCUUUGCAAGGGCACAGCUCAGGCUACAGCUGGAGCUACGGCUCCUGGAGUGACUGCAGCUCUGAGUGCGGUGGAGGUUACCAAUCACGGCUGGUAUUCUGCACCAUAGACAAUGAAGCUUAUCCAGAUUAUAUGUGCAGAGACAAAUCAAAGCCAGCCAGUAACCAAACAUGUGGUCUUCAGGCCUGUCCCCAGACAAAACGCUGGAAAACUGGGGAAUGGGGAGCCUGCUCAGCCACCUGCGGGGGAGGCACCCAGACUCGCUCAGUUUACUGCAUGUCAUACAAUGGACAAGGCUCCCCGGGGUUGGUGGAUGAUGCCAAGUGCGAGGCCUUUUCGGAGGCACCCCGCAGCACACAGCCCUGCAACAUGAGACAGUGCGCGACAUGGAGCACAGGGCCCUGGUCAGAGUGCUCGGCUAGCUGUGGAGAGGGUGUUCAGACCCGGACUGUCACCUGCAGAACUGAGUUGGGCUCUCAGACUCAAGACUUUGCCUGCCUGACAGAGCCUAAACCACCCCCCAGCCAGCCUUGUCUCAAGGAGAAUUGCAUCCAGAAGAUUGGCUGGCACAUUGGAGGAUGGGGCCUGUGUUCAAAGAGCUGCGACUCGGGUGUCCGAAUGCGCCAGGUCAUCUGUGCUGAUGGCGAUUCCAAAUUCUACCCCCGUGAAACAUGUGAGAGCAGCCAGCUGCAAGCCCCUGCCACGCUGGGAAGCUGCAACACUCAGCCCUGCUUCCUGCCGCAGCAGGACCCCAGUAUGCAGGACACCACAGGCUAUGACAUCAGCCGAUGGUCCUCACUGACCCGCUACUACCCGGACAAUGCUACUACAGUAUAUAAUGAUGAAAGAACAAUCCAAGGUAGCUCCAGACACCGCCAGCUCCAUUCCCGUGAAGACCAUAGUUCCAACUUCUUGCCUCUUCGCAUGGAAUCCCACUCAAGCUCUUCAGGAUCCCAGCAGUUCAACUCCCAUCAAGAUAUCACCACACGCACUGGCCUUCGGGACUGCAGCCAGAGCCCGCAUGGCUGCUGCUCAGAUGGUCACACUCCAGCUUCUGGCCCCUUUGGGCAAGGCUGCCCUUUCAGCACUUGCCAUCAGAGCAGGUAUGGAUGCUGCCCUGAUGGAAUAUCAGCUGCCCAGGGCCCCAACAACAGGGGUUGCCCACAAUCUUACAGUGAUGGGCAUGUGAGCAGAAACAGGCCUGCCGCGGCCUCCCCAACAGCAAGUCAAGCUUUGACCCUGCAGAACCCGUCCGAUGAGUGCCGGGGUUCUAUGUAUGGCUGCUGCUAUGACAACAUUGCUUCAGCUUCAGGACCUCAAGGGGAAGGAUGCCUCAACAGACCCAGCCAGCCUUAUCCUGUCAAGUGUCUGCUGCCCAGUGCCCAGGGCCCCUGCUCAGACUGGACCACUCGCUGGUACUUUGUAACUGCCGUCGGCAAGUGCAACCGGUUUUGGUACGGUAGUUGCCAUGGCAACACAAACAACUUUGCCUCAGAAGAGGAGUGCAUGAGGGCCUGCCGAGGCUCCAUGGAAACAGACAGUGUGGUGCACCAGUACCACAGGGGGACUUUGAACUUCCGCUCUGGCUCCCACCCACAAGAGGGAGAAGCCCAAGGGCAGCUGCAGUCAUCUGUAGGCAGAGAGUCCUUCCACUUUUCCCAGCCUGGGCCUGAUAGCCAUACACCAUGGCAGGGCACAGGACUGCACGCCAGGAAGGAUGGCUGGAGAAGGACCCUGAAUGUGGAUAUAGUGCCAGAAUCUUCACAGAGGACUGGCCAGAACUGGGGCUCUCAUCACUCUGCCACUCCUGGGGAAAGGAGGAUGGACCAGUCAAGCCAGCUGCAUGGGAGGGGGGAAACACUAGUGUCUGGGCACUCGGAGAGGCAGCUCACUGUUAAUGGGCAGGUGGUGCAGCAUGGACAUGAGCAAUGGCGGAGUUCCUCUGGGGCAGCCUUUCCUGGGGCGGAUGGACUUGGGCAUCAAACCUCCCCUGGUUCCACCUUGCAGCGAAACUUAUACAGAGUCAUCCUGGAAGGAGCUGAGUCCUCCGUAGUGGAGGCAGCCUUGGGACAAACCAUUCAUCUUCUCUGCAAGGCUGGUGGUUCUUCCUUCCAUAGAACUGAGUGGCAGAAAGAUGGGAAACCACUAUCAUCUGACAGGCAUACCUACCAGUCGGAUAGUUCUUUGGUGAUCAGCCGUUUCAUGGCUGAAGAUGCAGGGAUGUACACAUGCGUAACUUCCAAUGGGAAGAUGGAGAACAGACAGAUUCAGCUCCGGAUCAAAGAAGACCGUGGAUCUCCUCUGACAGAGGGUAUUAGAGGUCAGCUGUUUCCUGGUCUGAAUCACCCGCACAGAGAUCUCACCAGAGGAGUGAAUACUGUACAGUCAUCAGGUUCCUCUGUACACCAGUCAUUCAUGUACAGAUUAAGAAUGGAUCAGAAUGAGCCCUCUGUGGUGGAAGCCAACAUUGGAGAGCGAGUCAGACUGCCCUGUGGAGCAGAAGCCUCACCUGCUUUAACCAUCCAGUGGCAGAAAGAUGGGCAGCCGGUCUCCUCUUCCAGGCAUAGGCAGCAGUCGGAUGGUGCCCUGGUGAUCACUCGUGUUGACGCUGAAGACGCUGGCUUCUUCACCUGCAUUGCUUCAAAUGGACAUGGCCAGGACCAACAAUGGGUCCAGCUUCAGACUCUAGGUGAGCUGAAGAUCACAGGCCUACCACCAAGCCUCACUGUGUCUGAGGGAGAGAAUGCCCGGCUCCAGUGCAUGGUGACAGGCAACAAUGUGAAUGUAAGAUGGUCCAGGAAUGGGGUUCCCAUGCGAGCAAAUGGUCACCACAUCCACCUGUCACAGGAUGGAAGCCUGAUGAUAAAUAAUGCUGGGCCAGAGGAUGAGGGAUCCUACACAUGCAGUGCCUACAGGGGGAGCAACUCCGUCAGUGCCAGCACUGAGGUGAAAGUGAUCAAGAGGCCGCCUGAAGCUGUGGACCUGACCAGAGAGUGUGUUGACCAACCACACCUUGCCAACUGUGAACUGAUAUUACAGGCCCAGCUCUGCACUAACGAGUAUUACUCCAGCUUCUGCUGUGCCAGCUGCUCUCAGUACCAGCCCUAGGACAGCCCUUCUCGACAACAGGGAUGGAAACAGCACUAGCCCAGAUCCAAGAGAAGGCAGCCUUAGAAGAUUACUACAUAGGAGAACAGGGAUUUUGUGCUUUUUACUCCCAAAACAUACUCUAAGAGCCUCGUUCUGCUCAAGACUCAGGUGGGCUAUUUUACCAAUAUGUGAAUAUUACUCAGUGUAAUUGUUCAAAGGCAGUAGAAACUCCAGCAUCCCAAACUACUAAAUCAUAUCUCAUUUUCACACAUGCUUUGCUACAGAACACCUGCAAAGAACCCAAGAAUCCUUAGGCUUCUCUGAAGCAACUACAAGUGUGAAAGAAGGAGAGAACCACUUUAAGAACAAUAUUGGGGAGCCACAUGGAGAAAGACAACCACCAUCCAGCUAUAAUAAGGCUGCAGAAAUAGUGCAGUGGGAUGUUUCCAUCUUUGGGCAGUGUCUGUAGGCUUCUAAGGGGCACAGGACGUAAUGGGUGUUCCAGUGCCACAACAGCCUCAAUGUUUCUUUCAUCCUAACACACUUUAUGAACAGAACUGUAUGCACAGAUCAUUUCAACUGCUCAUGAAACAGAGCCAAGUAUGGGAUGAAACAGAUACUGCUUAACUGCCCACAGAAAGAGGGGCAUUUCAGGUAGGCAAGUCCCUGCGCUUUAAUCUCUGCACUUAGAAAAAUCAGGACCCUGCUUUUCUAAUUCAUCCAGCAGUACAGCACAGUCUUUGCUGAAAGCUCUGGCAUAGAUAACUUUCUACCCACAGGCUCACCAGUGCCUUAGAAUUCUGUCCUUACUUAAUUGCCCGGAGAUUACAUCUCUCUUGUUCUACAGCUCAGAGUGGAGACCUAAGUCAUUCCAUCACUCUAGUACUACAGGUAAGGAAUAAGGAGUUCCACGUACAAUAAAUGAAACAGAUACAUUCAUUAGUUCAUGUUUAACAGUGGUAUCAUCAAAUGUAUGCCCAGGACUGUGAAAGAGAAACAAUAAGUACUACUAGGGCGACAAGGUGCUUUGCUCAAGUCAAGAUAGGGUUUUGCCAACAUCCCAAAACAGAAUUAUUGCUUUCUAUGCUAGUGUGUGAUGUAUAAAGUUACUGGUUUGUAUAGUACACCUCCUUAUUCCAAUGUGCCUGCAGUAACUUGAGUGAGUUAAUCAUAUUAGUCAGCUACACCAUCAUAUAGUAUAUUCUAGCAUGUAUAAAAGUGUUACUCAGCCUUUGUUGUUUCCCCCUUGAUGUUAUACUGGGCAUUUAACAACAUAGACUAUGGACAGGCAAUGUUUUCCCUCCCAUCUGCUAACAGAAAACUGGAUUUCAUACAUCCCAAUGUCAAUGUGGGUUGUAUGCUGGGUACCUCCUGGGUUCUAACUAUGGUAAAUUAAUCAACUCUUCUAAUAAUCCAUAGUUUGCUAUUUUCUACUAAAACAAAGUAGAGCAAAAUUGUAUUAGUGUAUCCAUCACCUUUCCUUCUCCUAUGCAAGCUACUACGCAAAGUUAGCCAUGUUUUUGUUUUGCUGUAGUAGGAGGCAGCAUUGAAGUCUGCAUUCUUUUCUUUGAUCUUAGGCAAAUCCCAACCAUUUGCUGCCUCAGUAUGUCCAUUAGUGAAUCCCUGCUCCUCAGGAGUGUUUCCUUUUUGCCAAGUGCUUUACAAACAUUAGGAAUUGAACUUUGCUAAUUUAAUUCACUCAAGUUCUCAAUAUUAAGCACGAUUCCUCUCUGGUGGAUGUGCAUGUGCUCUACAGAGCACCUGUCAGGAGGAUGACACUACAGGCUAGCCCUGCCCUUUCUGAUUAUAUGCUUGCUUCAGGACAGUGCAGUGGUAAAGGAAAAUUAACAAAGCACACUUACAGUGAUCCCCAAGUUCUUGAGAAUUUACUAGUGUACUAGACAGUGCAGUUUUAAAACACAUUAAGAGUCAACCUUUGGUUAAGUUUUGUGAGAGCUACAUAACUGUAAAUGCAGUACAGGCUUUGUGAUAGGCCUCUAUGUCCAGUGGAACUUUUUUAUUAAUCAACUGGUGUCACUGCAUCUAGUUUUGACAAAAUGGAGACAGUUCCACAGCUGCCCCUUUGAAUCACACAGAGGCCGCAUUUUAAAAGAGCGGCCACCUUGGGAUUUUAAAGGGGCAGCGCUGCCCCUUUGAAGUAUCCCCUUUCUGCCUUAGUCUUUUGACUAGUCAAUAUCCCCCCUUUG